UUUUAUUGCAACAUAAUGGCUGAAAAUUUUACCGAGGAGGAGGUCCAAGAGUAUAAAGAAGCAUUUCAGCUGUUUGAUAAAGAUGGCGGUGGUACCAUUAGCAUCAAGGAAUUGAAGCAAGUGUUCGAUGCGUUGGGUCAACAUCCUUCUGAAGAAGAAGUGCAGAAUAUGAUCUCGGAGGUCGAUGAGGAUGGAAGUGGCGAAAUAGAUUUUGAAGAGUUUCUAAAAUUAAUGGCAGCCAAGCAAGCAAACAUGACAAUGGAAGAUGAACUAAGAGGUGCAUUCAGUGUCUUUGAUAGAGAUGGAAGUGGAUACAUCUCAUCACAGGAGCUUAAACAGGUCUUAGAGAAUCUCGGCGAGUCACUGACUUAUGAGGAGGUUGACGAGAUGAUGAAGGAAGCCGACCUGGACUGCGACGGACAAGUCAGCUUUGACGAAUUUAAAGAAGCAUUCUCGCUCUUUGACAAGGAUGGAGAUGGUACAAUCACCACCAAGGAACUUGGAACAGUGAUGAGAUCUCUAGGACAGAACCCAACUGAAGCAGAACUUCAGGAUAUGAUCAAUGAAGUUGAUGCAGAUGGUAAUGGAACAAUUGAUUUCCCAGAAUUUCUCACCAUGAUGGCAAGGAAAAUGAAGGAUACCGACAGUGAAGAGGAGAUCAAGGAAGCCUUUAGAGUGUUUGACAAAGAUGGAAACGGUUUCAUUAGUGCCGCUGAACUACGUCACGUGAUGACAAACUUGGGAGAGAAACUUACAGAUGAGGAAGUUGAUGAGAUGAUCCGAGAAGCAGAUACUGAUGGAGAUGGGCAAGUAAACUAUGAAGAAUUUGUGAAGAUGAUGACAUCAAACAUGGUCACCUUGGUAAUGACUUACACAGAGACUACAAUUGAAUUCUUAAGCUGGGAUUUUAUGGUUCUUGCAAAGGACUGGUGCAAGACCUUAGUCUUAAAACUUAUGGCAUCCUUUAAGGAACCUUGGAGGCAAUUGGCUGAUCAACUUACAGAAGAACAGAUUGCUGAAUUCAAAGAAGCGUUCUCGCUCUUUGACAAGGAUGGAGAUGGUACAAUCACCACUAAGGAACUUGGAACAGUGAUGAGAUCUCUAGGACAGAAUCCAACUGAAGCAGAACUUCAGGAUAUGAUCAAUGAAGUUGAUGCAGAUGGUAAUGGAACAAUUGAUUUCCCUGAAUUUCUCACCAUGAUGGCAAGGAAAAUGAAGGAUACUGACAGUGAGGAAGAAAUCAGAGAAGCUUUCCGAGUGUUUGACAAAGAUGGAAAUGGUUUCAUUAGUGCUGCUGAGUUGCGACAUGUGAUGACAAACCUGGGAGAGAAACUUACAGACGAGGAAGUUGAUGAGAUGAUCCGAGAAGCAGACAUUGAUGGAGAUGGGCAAGUCAAUUAUGAAGAAUUUGUCAAGAUGAUGACAUCUAAGUAACUGUGGGACAGCUUACAGAACCCAGCUUGAAUCAAGUUUGCAACCUUGUCUGUACCAAUGAGAAUUGUAGAUAGCACUUAACUUCAAAUGAGAAAUAUUUGUGGGAAACUCUCUCUUUGCGUCAUACUAUAAUUCCCAAAUUGAGGACAUUUCUGUUGAUAAUUUAUUAAGACUUGUUUUUUUGAAGCAAUAAAGAUCAGUCAAAACCGUUGAGAGUUCUUGUAGUGUUUCAGUGGCAAUUAACAAUAAAACUGUCUUUAGCACACA